GUUCCAAAUCCACUGUGGUGUUUCAGGUGCAAUGUUUAUGGUCAUGUCGCAGCAGCGUGUUGGAGGGAGAUUCCAAGAUGUGGGAUGUGUGCAGGAAGGCAUGGGACAGAAGAUUAUGUAGAAGAAAGUAUGAAGUUGAGUGGUGGUGUCCUGUCCUCCCUGGCCGUUGGCAUGAUGCAGGAGCAGAUAGGGUCAAAGUAGUGGAAUGGGUGUAUUUUUUUUAUACGUAUUUUUUGUUUAUUUCUUUCCUUUUCCCCCUUUGUAUCACAAAGUAUACUGAUUUAUAUUAUAGUCCAGUUGGGGGCGGUAAUGUAACAAUUGGAUGUCAACCGUCAUUAAAUCCCUAAGAAGAAGAAGAUUGCAGAUGCAGCUAGACGGUGGACCGUGGAUGGAAGAGCACGCUUGUUUGAAAUGGAAAAGCAUCGUGGUAGCUUUUUAAAAAGAAAACGUCAAGACGAAGCAGCUGCACUGUUGAGUGUUACAUCCCGAGGGGUUCGUGCUGAUUGUACGGAGAUUGUGACAGUCGGUUAAAUGGCGUCCCUUGAGAAGGCAAGAACAAGAUUUGUAAUAGCGUUCAGCAGACAGGACUUGCAUAAACCUUGGCGUUUACCGGGCAGAAGUUUCCACAUAUCCAGAAGAAAAGUUCGUUUGUUGUCAAAGAGAGAGCCAUUCCUGAGCAGACACAUAUCCCAUCGUGGAGGGGCAGGUGAAAACCUGGAGAACACCAUGGCAGCUUUCAAGCAUGCAGUGGACCUUGGCACUGACAUGCUGGAGCUGGACUGUCACAUGACCAAGGAUGAGCAGGUGGUCGUGUCACACGAUGCCAACCUGGAGAGGUCGACUGGCAUCAGUGCCUACAUCUCUGACGUGGCCUACGCCGAUCUGCCUCCUUACCUGUGCAAGCUUGGUGUGACUUUCCAGAGAGAAUGCGUCUGUGAGGGAGGGGAGGACAAACACAUUCCUCUCCUCAGGGAUGUGUUUGAGGCUUUCCCUAAUACCCCUGUCAACAUUGACAUCAAGGUCAACAAUGACACCCUUAUCAAGAAGGUCUCAGAGCUGGUUGUGAAGUAUGACAGAGAACACAUCACUGUUUGGGGCAACUCUAGCAACCAGAUUGUGCAGAAGUGUUACAAGGAGAACCCUCGUAUCCCAGUGCUGUUCAGCAUGCGCAGGGUUCUAAUGCUGGUGGGUCUCUUCUACACCGGCCUCCUGCCAUUUGUGCCCCUCAAAGAGCAGUUCCUGGAGAUCCCCAUGCCCUCCAUCGUCACUAAACAUCUUAUGAGGGAUCCUGAUAAGAUGACCAGGAGUCAGCAUGUCAUCACCUGGCUGGCAGAUACCCUGCUGAUGAGAAGAGCUCUGUUCAAUCACCUAACAGCAAGGGGAAUACAAGUUUAUGUCUGGGUGCUGAACGACGAGAAGGACUUUAAGAGAGCCUUUGACCUGGGAGCUACAGGGGUCAUGACCGACUUCCCCACAAAGCUGAGGGACUUCAUGGAGAAGAAUGGCACUGCUAAAUCACUAAAUAAACUAGACUGAAUGAUCUGCCGAAGUUGCCACUUCCCCACCACUAAAGCCAACUGACCUGUCAAACUAUCUCCAGACUCUAUGUAGAUACAGUAUUGUUUGAACACCAGCACAGGCAGCUAAGAUUAUUUGGCCUUUGUCCUGCAUGUCAACUGGGCAAUAAGCCUUUUUAGUGUAUCUACUUUUACAGUAAGGUUUUGUUGUUCGAUUUAAUUUAACAUGGUCAGUUCAGAUGUUAAUUGUAGUUGAGGGAAAUUUGAUCAAUAAGUGGUUCAAUAUUCAAGUGUGUUUUGUAUUUUGCUGUUUGACAGAUAAUGCACACAUCUGUCUUAUUCAAGACUUGGUGCUAUAAUGCCAACUCCAUUGCUCAUAGUUGAGCCUAACAUGGCAUGACAAUGAGUGAAAAGGAGUUGGCAUGAUAGCACAAAGACUGGCAUUACAAUUAGUCUUGAAUUUAUGUAAUAGUAAAGUGAUAAAUAUGUAUUUUAAGUGUUUUAUAUUUUGCAAUUUUAUAUUUAAUUUUUAAUUUAAAUAUUGAUUGGAAAAUUGUAUUGAAAUAUGAAAUGCAUUUGAAGUUUGGUCGUGCUGUAAAGACAACUCUCCAGAAAAAUGCAUAGAUUUGUAUAAAACACGGGAAAGGGAUAGAACAGAAUGAAGCCAUAGACAUGGAAAAUGUAUGACAAUUGAGUGUUAGAAUGAUUAAAGUGAUUUUUCUGGA